AUGGAUGGAUCAGAUCAAAGGAGUGGUGGCGGAGGGGAAGGGAGUGACGGCGGUGGAGAAGGGAGACAAGGUGCGACGGCCGCGGCUGAGGAGAAGGGAGCUACGGCGGAGGGGAAGGGAAAGAAGAGAGAAACGGCCGCUGGUGAGAAGGGCGCGACGGCGGAGUGGGGGAGGAAGGGGAAUGGAGUGACGGUCUCGGGUGAGGAGAAGGCGGCGACUGUGGAGGAGAAGGGGCCGGACCCGAGGAGGGAGCGGUGCCGGCGGCGAAGCACGAGAAGGGAGAAAGGGGCGGCGGUGGAUAAGGAGCAGGGGGAUGCGGCUGCGGCGUCGGAGGCGGCCGGGGAAAAGGCAACCUUUUUCUUUAGCGCCACCGCUCCCGCCGGAAAGACCAUCACCCUGGUGAGCUCGGAGGGGAAGCCGUUCAAGGUGUCGGAGGAGGCGGUGCGGCUGUCGACGGACCUCGCCGACAUGGUCGACAACGGCUGCGCCGGCGGCAACAUCCCGCUAUCCAACGUCACCUCCAGGGCCCUCGCCACGGUGAUCAAGUACUGCGACAAGCACGCCGCCGCCGCCGCCAUGGCCGACUCCGACCACGGCGCCGCGGAGGGAAGCAGCAGCAGCGUCAACGCCGCGGCAUCCGAGACGACGCUGGCAGAGGGGGACCGCAAGCUCGUCGACAAGCUCACCAUGGGCGCCCUCUUAGACCUCCUCCUCGCCGCCAACUUCCUCGACAUCAAGGGGCUCCUCGGAGCAGCCAGCGACAAGGUCGCCGACAUGAUCAAGAGCAAGACACCCGCGCAGGUCCGCACGAUCUUCGGCAUCGCCAACGACUUCACCCCGGAGGAGGAGGCGGAGAUCCGCAAGGAGAGCCCCUGGGCUUACGAGGACGAGGAGCCUUGGUUUGGAAGACAUUGCUGCGCCAACAUUUCACUGGAUGUGCCGAUCUAG